UCAUAAAAAAAUUAGCCAUUGACGAAAUUCUGAUAGUAGAAUAGUCUGCGUGUGUCCAUCCCUUCCAUAGCUUCACUUCGUCGGAUCGCUCUCUCAUUUCGGCCUCUGGAUCCCGUCGACCUCGCAGCGAUCCUCACCGGUUGACCAAAAUGGCUGGUAGAGCAAUUCAUCAGUUAUUCAAGAGGAGGCUUCAAUCUCAUUCCGCUGCUCCCCCAGUUUUGUCAUCUCUUGUUUCAAGGAAAGAUCAAGAAGGGUUUGAAUCUGCAGGCAUGAAAUCUCUGAAAGCAUUUGCUCUACUAGGAGCUGGUGUAACUGGGCUUUUGGGAUUUUCAACAAUGGCAGCUGCUGAUGAAGCUGAGCAUGGUUUAGCUAGUCCAGAUUACCCUUGGCCACACCAAGGCAUUCUCAGUUCAUAUGAUCACGCAUCGAUUCGCCGUGGUCACCAGGUUUACACACAAGUCUGUGCUUCCUGUCAUUCAAUGUCACUGAUUUCUUAUCGUGACUUGGUGGGUGUUGCAUACACGGAGGAGGAAACCAAGGCAAUGGCUGCUGAGAUUGAAGUGGUUGAUGGCCCCAAUGAUGAGGGUGAAAUGUUUUCUCGUCCUGGUAAAUUAAGUGACCGAUUUCCUCAGCCAUAUGCAAAUGAGCAAGCUGCUAGAUUUGCAAAUGGAGGAGCCUAUCCUCCAGAUCUAAGUCUUGUCACCAAAGCUCGCCACAAUGGCCAGAACUAUGUAUUUGCUCUUCUAACUGGUUACCGUGAUCCUCCAGCUGGUGUUUCUAUUAGAGAAGGAUUACACUACAACCCAUACUUCCCUGGAGGAGCUAUAGCCAUGCCUAAAAUGCUUAAUGAUGGUGCUGUUGAAUAUGAAGAUGGUACCCCAGCUACCGAAGCUCAGAUGGGAAAAGAUGUUGUGACAUUCUUGGCAUGGGCUGCAGAACCAGAAAUGGAAGAAAGAAAACUGAUGGGAUUUAAGUGGAUUUUAGUAUUAUCGUUGGCAUUGCUACAAGCGGCUUAUCAAAGGCGUAUGAAGUGGUCGGUUUUGAAGUCACGUAAGCUUGUGAUGGACAUUGUUAAUUGAGUGGUGUUCCCUCCCCACUUUGUAUGGGAGAGAGGGACUUGGAACGGGCAAAACACAAGUAUGAUGUUUUGUAUCGUAAAGUGUUUCUUUCUAAUAUUUAUUUUUAUGUUGUUCCUGCCUGCCCUUGUUCAGCCUGCCUGAUCGGGUUAUUGGAUGUUUUAUCGGGUUGUUGGAGAAAAUAAGUAAGUACUGUGAAAGAGAUUUCUUAAUUCUUUUUGUUGGGAACCAAACUGUUUUGGAAAUGCUCAAACAAUGAAUGGGUAGUAAUCUUAAAAUAUUUUUAAGGUUUUUACU